CCUCCUCCUGCAGCGGGGGCCGCAUCCUGCUGCCGGGGGGAGGGAAUUGAUGUGGAUGCCCAGCGCAGCACCAGCACCAUGCAGCCGCCGCCGAGGAAGGUAAAAGUUACACAAGAGCUGAAAAACGUUCAGGUUGAGCAGAUGACAAAACUUCAGGCCAAGCAUCAGGCAGAAUGUGACCUACUGGAAGAUAUCAGAGCAUUCAGUCAGAAAAGAGCUGCAAUUGAGAAAGAAUAUGCACAGAGCAUUCAGAAGCUGGCUAGCCAGUACUUAAAGAAGGACUGGCUUGGAAUAAGAGCUGAGGAACGAAGUGAUUAUAGGAGCAUGUACUCAGUUUGGAAAUCGCUCUUAGAAGGCACCAUGCAGGUGGCCCAGUCUCGACUCAAUAUCUGUGAGAACUAUAAAAACUUAAUUUCUGAACCUGCCAGGAGUGUCCGGUGCUUUAAGGAGCAGCAGCUGAAGAAGUGCGUGGACCAGCUGACAAGGAUCCAAGCUGAACUACAGGAGACAGUCAAAGAUUUAGCUAAAGGCAAAAAGAAAUAUUUUGAGAGUGAACAGAUGGCUCAGGCAGUGCGGGAGAAAGCUGAUAUUGAGGCCAAGUCCAAACUUAGUCUUUUUCAGUCAAGAAUAAGCUUGCAGAAGGCAAGUGUGAAGUUAAAAGCCCGCCGAUCCGAGUGCAAUUCCAAGGCUAUCCAUGCCAGGAAUGAUUAUCUCCUCACCUUAGCAGCUGCCAAUGCCCACCAGGACCGCUACUAUCAAACAGACCUGGUGAACAUCAUGAAGGCUCUUGAUGGAAAUAUAUAUGAUCACCUUAAGGAUUAUUUAAUGGCAUUCAGCAGGACUGAACUAGAGACAUGCCAAGCUGUACAAAACACUUUCCAGUUUUUACUGGAGACUUCCAGCAGGGUGGUGCGGGAUUACAAUCUCCAGCUGUUCUUACAGGAGAACUCUGUGUUCCACAAACCUCAGCCUUUCCAGUUCCAGCCCAGUGACAGUGACACUAGUUUUAAUGCAGUUCAGCUGGUGGAGAUUGAGCCCUCACCUGUCAGUGCUAUGAGAAUGACCAUAGCAGAGAGCCGCCAGCUGGAAUCGGAGACGGGAACAACCGAGGAGCACAGCUUGAACAAGGAGGCGCGGAAAUGGGCGACGCGGGUGGCCCGCGAGCACAAGAACAUCGUGCACAGCCAGAGGACCCUGGAAGAGCUGGAGUGCCACGGGCCCGUGAUGUCUGAGCAAACCCGAGCGGAGCUGGAGCAGAAAAUAGACGAAGCCAGGGAGAGCAUUCGCAAGGCUGAGAUCAUCAAGCUGAAGGCAGAAGCGAGGCUGGAGCUGCUGAAGCAGAUUGGGGUGUCCGUGGACACGUGGCUGAAGAGUGCCAUGAACCAGGUGAUGGAGGAGCUGGAGAACGAGCGCUGGGCCAGCCUGUCCUCGGUCACUAACAAUGGCUCUGCACACCUGGUCAAUGCUGAUGCAGAAAAGGAGGAAGGUGAAGAGUUUGAAGACAGCAUGGAUGUUUUUGAUGACAGCAGUUCUAGUCCUUCUGGUACUCUCAGAAAUUACCCUCUCACCUGCAAAGUUGUUUAUUCCUAUAAGGCUUCCCAGCCAGAUGAGCUGACCAUAGAGGAACAUGAGGUGUUGGAGGUCAUUGAAGAUGGAGAUAUGGAAGACUGGGUAAAGGCACGGAACAAGGCGGGGCAGGUGGGAUAUGUGCCAGAGAAGUACCUGCAAUUCCCAACCUCCAGCAGCCUCCUGAGCAUGCUCCAGUCCCUGGCUGCGCUGGACUCCCGAUCCCACACCUCCAACAACUCCACGGAGGCCGACCUGGUGCCAGGCAGCCUCAACGGAGACUCCAAUGUCUGUUUUGUAAAAGCACUUUAUGAUUAUGAGGGGCAGACAGAUGAUGAGCUGUCCUUCCCAGAGGGAGCCAUCAUCCGUAUCCUGAACAAGGAAAACCAGGAUGAUGAUGGCUUUUGGGAAGGAGAAUUCAACGGCCACGUCGGGGUCUUCCCCUCAGUGUUGGUUGAAGAGCUCACGGCCUCAGAGAAUGGAGAGACUCAGUGGAUUGGGGAUAUCCAGGUGUCCCCUACUCCAAAGGCCAACAACUCUCUGCCACCACUGCCUCUGUACGACCAGCCUCCCACCAGUCCCUAUCCCAGCCCGGAUAAAAGAGGAUCCCAGUUUUUCCCCAGGUCUCCGUCGACGAACGAAAACAGCUUUGGUUCAGAGUCCCCUGGAUUCUCCCAACCUCCACGAAUUCCUCCAGAAAGUUCCUAUGGCAAACUGCGGCCUGUGCGAGCAGCUCCACCCCCCCCGACACAACACCACCGCCGGCCCACAGAGAAGAUCGAGGACGUGGAAAUCACUCUGGUGUAACGAGGGGACUGGCUAAUUAUUACUGCUACAAUCAAGGCCAAACACAGCUUUUGGUCAAUCUCGUUUUUAGGCACCUUUGCAUGAUGAAGACUUGGACUAGAGCGAGCGAUAGGGAGGAUUUUAUGUGGCAGUGACCUGGCGGAUUCCUUCCCACAGUCAUGAAUAUUUUGUGCCUUUUGUGUUUUUUUUGUUUGUUUGUUUGUUUGGAUUUCUCUACAUCAUUCUUCUCUUAGCACAAACCAAGACAGGCCAAGAUUGGCUUUUUUUCUUGGCUGGAGAUGCUCCAUUUUGAUGUGGAGACAAAGAAAGAACCCCAUUCAUGCAGCUUAGUCUUAGCAUCCUUUGCUCCUGUGCAUUAGUACAGUAUAUUACUGUUGCCAUAGGAAUGUGUUAAAGAUUGUGGAUCCUUCCAGUAGCAUCACCUGCCUGACCAGGUAUUCAUCAGAAGAAUGAAAAAGGGAACAGAAAAA